UUUAUGAUGCUAGAACGUGCGCCCGACGCCACAGAUGCAGCGAGCUGAUUAAGACAGUAAGCAAAGUAGGCAUAAAAGUCGCCCCCACCUGAAGCAGAAGCAGAAGCAAACGAUCUUGCAAAUACGACAGACUCAGACUCAUUUAGCCAGCUGCUAAGGCCGUAUUGCAUUCGCGGUAUGAAGGAGAGUGACCUGAUGCUCCUUUCGUAAAUGCACCAAAAACCCGUACUAUUCUCGAUAUUCUUGAAACAAGAAACAUUAACCUAGACCUACACCAAGCAGGAAAGCGCUCGUUUCUUCUAAAACCUACCGAAAAUGGGUGCCCGUUUCUCCGCGGAGCAGGCAAUGUCCAAAUUACGACGGAAGGAACCACGUUGCACCCUGGAGCAGCUUUUGAAAUUUUCCUCAACGCAUAUGAAUUGCAAAACAAGUAUUGUACUAGGAGGAACUGCAAUGAAUACCAGGAAGGCAGGUCACCACCAGCAUGACAAAUGGAAUUUUGCAUACCGAUUUUGCUUUAGUUAGAGAUUCAUUUGUCUUUAUUUGCAUGCCUUUGAUUAGUACGAGGGAGCGCAAACGGAAACGCAAUAAUUUUGCAAUGCAUAAUGCAGCCAACCAGUUUGUUUCGCUCCGUCGAAGACAUGGACGAACUCGACCAGGUGCUCUUAUCCUGUGCAAAAGUAUCGCACUUGUACUUCUAAUCUUCGCAGUUAUGCAAGACAAAUCCCUUUUCCAAGCAAACUCAGCAUCAUAGAUUCCAUUUGUCAUACCUCUAAGCUACCUACUUACUUAAUUUGUAUUGCGAUUACUACUAGUGCGAUACUUUUGCGAUGCAUAGCUCUGCUACAGCGUCGAUCACUUUUUGCACUUCUACGUCCUCCUGGGGCUGGACCGGCACCAAACCGGGUUUUUGCUGCUCGACGACCUCGAAACCUUCAUGCGGCUGAUGAUAAACCCGGGCGAGAGAACCUUCGCGCAGAUCCGAGCGGAUUUCAUGCAGGCCUUUGUUCUGAAUGCGAAUCCGGUAUCCAGCUGAAUCUUCUGGCAAACAAAUUCUUGUUGCACAUUCUGAUUCUGUUUCUGCCUACUUGUCCUUGGUCAUGCAGAAAUAAAUAGUACUUUUACUUGCUGCAAGAAAUGGACGUCCUGGAGGUGCAUUGUACUGCAAUAAAUCAAAAUAAAUGCUGCACUUCAUCUUGUUUUUUGAUUGAUAUCGUUACAAUCCGUGUCUACCGCCCGGCUCGUCGGCCGCCGGAGCUGGAGGCGGCGCUGAAACCGGGGCGCCCGGGGUUGGACGAGCAUAUGCAUUGCAAAUAUGUCUGGGUCUGGAAACUUGUAACGCAAGUCAGUCAAUAAGGAAUGCAUUGUAAUGCAUCGCCAAGCAUGACAAGUUUUUUCGUGCUCCUGUGCUGCGUAUUCCGCAUGAGAAACUGCGUUUCUGCAUGACAGGCGAGAGAGCCUGUUUGUGGCCACGCAAUACAGAGUUAAGGGUCAUGCCGGACCAGCAUGACAAACCUCCGAAUCUUCCAGACCCAAACAUUUUUGCAUUCGAUAGAGCACCAGCUGGGAACAAUGGAACGACCACGAGCGCCGCGAAGAAGAUGAUACCCCCAAUCACGCAAAUACCCGCGAAGUUGGACGACCCGCAGAGCUCUACUCAGGUAGAUGUGCUGACUACUGACGGGACGACAGAAGAACAUCUGCAACGGGAUCGCGCCCUGGACCGGAUACGCACGUGACAAUCUUCAUCCGAUCUUUCCUCGUCGUCUUCAGGUUGCCCAACAAGCUUCUACAUACCAUGCAUACGCUUCGACAGCCACUACUAUGGAUGGUAUCACUAACUGCGCCGACGUCCCGCGACGUAUCUUGUGAUACAAAAGUUUCGUUGUUGCGAAGUACGACGCGACCGCGGCAGCUGGCAAUGAGAUAGCAAUAUUGCUGCUCUCGCUGUUGAUGUAGCUACAGUAACAAACUACAGCAUCGUGUUCUUAUUUGCAUCCAUCCCCCGGGCUGAAUAUAGAAACUUGCGUUUCUCUGGGAAAAAGGAAAAUUGGCUGCUGUUGGCUCGGUUGGCGCCUUGCAGCUCGCAGGACGAAGAUUUAAAGAUUUGUCACUUUCCAUACUGCUCGCAAGCGGAACACCUGAUUGAAUUUGCGCGAGGUGGUGGUAUUCCUUUUCCUUCCACCUCAGGAAAAACAAGCGGCGAAAGGAUGAGGAAAGAAAAACCUUCUUCGUCUUCAACCACUAACAAACCUGGGCGGGUGACUUAUUUGUAUUUCUUGAAGAGAACAUCAAUAAAUGCAAGUUCCGCGCCACCAAACACAACGAGCUCAUCGUCAUCGGCGCUGCAAAAAAAUGAAAAUGGUGCAACUUUAAGCAGACAGAAACAAGCGACCAGCGGAAAGACGAGCCCGGCCGAGGACGGUGGACAAGAGCAAGCAAGAGCGAAUGACCAAGACGACCCGUUAUUUUCGCACCACAAACAUCAAGAAGACUUCGUCCUCGAGAAGUUGGACCCGAGCGAUGUUAUGACCUGGUCCCAGAUGCAGGCUCUCCACCGUCUGCUUUCGCGCGACGGAUUUGGAAGCGUGGUAAGUUUCAAGAAGUUUUUGCACGCCUGCGAGUUCGACCAUGAGGUGGUGGUCACGCGAGGAGACAGAGUCGAUGCGGAAGGCGGUGUACAGUCUGGCUCUGGUCCUCGUGCAGCUGCGGAAAAGGGUAUCCACAGAAACCAGGAGAACCAUCAGCAUACUGCCCAGACUUCUGAAUCACACGGUGGUCGUGUUGACGAUCGCGCAAUUAACUACACAUCAAGAACUGAGGACUCUUCCUCGGACGACGACGAGCUCGAUGAUGACUUGUAUUCCACAAAAAAAGUUUUGUACUUGUUGACCUGUUUUCUGCAAAAUAUCCGCCGAAGCGCGUUCUUUUUGCCAACCACAGAGGCUUCACAAAAUAUCGCAGAAUCUGCCUCCACAAUGCGGAACAUGAUCAAGGCUGCUAAUAUAAACGCUUUUUCAUCGAACGGCUCGCUUGUGAUGUGACACAAAAACAAAACUCACCAAUGUAUUGUCUCUCUCACAACUACUCGUCCCUGAU